AAAUUAUAUACGAGCUGGUAUUUCAACCUCGACGUGAUAAGAAUAGGAACCUAUAUUUGCAAGCUGUCGAUGUCGAUAUUUCCACGAUUUAAAAGUUUGAAACUUUUUGUAGGUAACUUAGCUCGUAAGGUAGCUUAAUUUUUUUUGUGUGUUCGAAAAUUAUCCUUUUUCAUGGUAAAAUGAUUUCUUCGCGUUUCACAAUUCUAUUAUUUAUUAAUUUAUUAACUUUCGUAUCGGCGGUAGAAGAAAUUUUACUCAAUACUGCUCAAGGAAAAAUUCAAGGAGGAAGAUAUGCAACCAAAAAUAAUGUGUUUUAUUACGCUUUUACGAAUAUACCUUACGCAAAACCACCAAUAGGAGAGCUUCGAUUCGAGCCUCCGGAAGAAGCACCCGCUUGGAAAGGUGUGAGAAUGUCUACAUUUCCUUCAGUUUGUUAUCAAUCUGCGAUUUCUUACGGGGUUUCCCAAUAUUUUGGAACUGAAGAUUGCUUGCAUUUGAAUGUGUAUACUCCUAAUCCAAAUGAAAGAGCUAAAUUACCCGUGCUCGUUUGUAUUCACGGUGGCGAAUUCCAACGAGGUAGUAGUUACGAAUGCCCUCCUAAUAAUUUUGUAGAACAAGAAUUAGUAUUUGUUUCGUUCAAUUACAGAUUAGGAGCUUUAGGAUUUUUAAGCACCGGAGAUGAAAUCCUUUCGGGUAAUAAUGGAUUAAAAGAUCAAGUAAUGGCUCUAAAAUGGGUUAAAAAAUAUAUUUUAUCUUACGGCGGAGAUCCGAAUAAAAUCACCAUAUUGGGACAAAAUUCCGGCGCUGUUUCGGUUCAUUUGCACAUGUUCUCUGAACAAAGCAAAGGUCUAUUCCAAUCAGCCAUCAGUCAAAGUGGCACAGCUCUAGUACCAUGGGCUAUUUUACCGCCAGAUGUGGCUAAAAAUAGAACGAACACCCUAAUCAAUUUGAUUAAAUGUCCGAAUUCUUCGAACGUUGAACGUAUUCGGUGCCUUAAAACAAAACCAGCGAAAAUUUUAGUCGAAAAUCAAUCAGCGUUUCACGUAUGGAAUCACGAACCAUCCAUUGUAUUUUUCCCAACUGUGGAAUUGAGCGGCGUAAAAAAUGCAUUUCUAGUCAAAAAUCCAUGGAUAGAUGAAGAAGUAAAUACGGUACCCUGGAUUUUAGGGUAUAAUUCUGGAGAGGGUAUUCUAAAGGCUGCAAAUUUUUUUGAAGCAGACAAAUCUUCGACAUCUAGUCUAAAUGAAAACUUCAAUCAAGUUUUACCAAUCUCAUUGCUGUACGACUUGACAGCGACGAAAGAAGAAAUAUCCAAGAUUACUGCUUCAUUAAAAAAUAAAUACCUCGAAAAUCAAGACAUUAGUAACGAAAACAUACGCCAGUUCAUUAAUUUAUUGGGAGAUGGACUAGUGAAAUAUGGCACAAUAAAAGCUGCCAAGCGUUACAAAGACGAUAAAUUCUUUUACAUAUUCGAUCAUCAAAUAAAGGACUCCUUCAGUAAAAUUUUUCACGCUGCGAGCGGUCUAAGUGAUAUAAAAUUACCCUCUCAUGGUGACGAAUUCAUUACAUUGUUCACUAUAUUGUGGUCUGAUCCUGCGAAAUUGACCGCCAACGACGAAUUGGUAGCGAAGAGGAUGCUGGGAUAUUGGAUUAAUUUUAUUAAAACAAGAAAUCCAAACAAGGAAGGAAAUAGUAUCAUUUGGGAACCGAUGACGAAACAUGAAUUCAAAUACCUAAAUAUAACCAGCGAACGAGAUGAAAUGAAUACAGACGUAGAUUUCAUAGAAGAUACCUACAAGCUAUGGGAUAAUCUGCAACUGAAAUCUCGUGAAUGGGAAAUUGAAGUAAUCCAAUCGAAGAAUAAAGUUCAAAUAGAUGAGUUAUAAGUGCAACUUUGCAUAUAGGGGGGGAAGGAAAACGUGGCAUUGAAUUUCAGCCAACGGUAAGUAUUUUCCAAUAAUACUUAUCCUACCUAUUUGAACUUGACCUUAUUUUAAGGGAACAUACAAAAACCCAAUUGCACCAAAUACCUAUCCUUCCCUUUUUUUCUAGGAAAAAAAAACGAAAAUCGAUUGAUUUAUAAAUAUAGUUUAACGUUGUAAUGUAAUAUUCGAGUCGUAUAACUUUAUACCUAGCUAC